AUGAAGCACCUCGCCGCUUACCUGCUCCUCGCCCUCGCUGGCAACGAGUCUCCCUCCGCUGCCGACAUCAAGGGUGUCCUCUCCUCCGUCGGCAUUGACGCUGACUCCGAGCGCCUCGACAAGGUCAUCGCUGAGCUUCAGGGCAAGGAUAUCCAGGAGCUGAUUGCUGAGGGUACCACCAAGCUCGCCUCCGUUCCCUCCGGUGGUGCUGGUGCCGCUGCCGCCCCCGCUGCCGGUGGUGACGCCGCUGCCCCCGCCGCCGAGGAGAAGGAGGAGGAGAAGGAGGAGUCCGAUGAGGACAUGGGCUUCGGUCUGUUCGACUAA